GGGUGGGGUGGGGUGCACAGCUUGGUGGCACUGAUGAUUUCCCAUGGAAACAGGCGACCGGAGGCUGCAGGGGCUGGGAGAGCCCAUUGCGGAGGGUCUCAAACGCCAUCCUGAGCAGUCUGGACUUGAUCCUGGGGCAACACGGAGGCCUUGGGGGGAUUCGCGUCCGGAGCCUGGUUAGGAGGCUCAGAAAUGAGGAAGGAAGUUACACGACUAAGAGUGGCCGUGGGCUGUGCUGGGGGCAAUGGGGAAAGGUGACCAUCCGUCCUGGCCUCUUUGUCCUCUUUCCCCAGCGGCCCUUAGGUGUUCAAUCUGGAGGGAGAAGAUCACUCAGGGCCCCGUCCUGGGCCAGGAUGUUAAGUGACUGUGAAAGCCUUUCCCUUCACCCCUCAGUUCAGCCCCCCCGAGUGGCGAUGGGUUCUGUCUGCACAGAAAACACAAAGGAAGGGCUUCUCUUGUUCACGGAGAGAAAACUCCCCAAGUUUGUGCAGAGGAUUUGGAAACAGUUCCCAGGUGGGGAAAGGUAGCCGGGUCGGUGGCCUCAACUGUGUCCCCAGGCUCUCCUUUCUCCUGUGGGUCAUUCUCUCACAGCCUGUCCUGCCCCCAUCAUGCUGCCCUUGUGACCGAUGUUUGGGCAAAAACCCCUCUCCUCAGUUUCUCUAGCUCAGCUGAGACGGUGGUUCCACCAGGACUCGCCUGGAAUCUGAACACACACACGGUCCGGUUUCCAGCUCCAGCUGUCACAUGCACCCCUAACAGAUGGGCGCACCUCCCGUGGGGUGGAUCCAUGGUUCAGGCACUUUUCCUGGUCUCCAUGACCUUCUGCCUCCCCCCAGCUUCUGGCCCACAACCACACAAGGGCCAUGAUCUUUAUCUGUCCACAUGCAGGAGUUGUCCACUGUCUGACCAGCUCCCGAACACGAAGCAGAUGUCUAUGCUCAAGUCUGCCACGGCCCAGUCCCUCUGUCCUCGGCCACCCCAGGCUGGCCUGAGAGGCAGACUGGGGCUACCAGUCCCUCCAGGAGAAACGCUCCUCAGCUGUACCAUCGCCACAACCAGGCAACACGCCCCAUCCCCACAUGAGGGUCUUUCUCUCACAUGAGGUUAUUUGGUGCUGCUGGGUGGCUGAAGGUCGGGGAGGGGGUGGCUGGGGUACAUUUUUUACAGUGAGUCACCAAGAGUGAGAAGGACUUUUUUCGAUAGCACGCAGCCUUCUAGAAAUCUUGCUCUCCAUGACUUCCUUCUCUGAAGCAGAGAUAAAGGUGGCAGUCACGUAGAGACAUAUGUGAGAGGCUGCGUUGGAGGCUGGGGGAGUUUUCAUGUUUCUAAGGCACAGGGAUGUGGGCCCAGCUAACACUGGAAAAUGCUGGAGUGACAGAAAUGCAGCUGGAGAAGGCUGUCCCUUAAUGUCUGGGGAGAUGGCUCAGGGAUACGUGGCAGGGCUAGCAGGGAUGAGUGAGCCACGCCAGACAGACUCGGACAGACUGGGGAUGCGGGAGAGGGGGUGGCUGGGUGAUGCAGAAGGAGGGCAACUGAAGCAGACCCGGCAGGCCCCGCGCUGAGGCGUCUCACCAGCGCCCCCAUGAGAAGUGUUUGUUGGUAAAGACCAGAACAGCACUCCUGUGAUCAUUGUAUUUCUGGCUGUACAGAGGUUGGUGCUUAAGGUAAAUAUUAUAAACCGUUCAGUCCACUGGGUGAGCUUAGGUCCAACUGUUUCUUCUGCUGUCUGUCCAAUAACCCUUUGGGGCAGCACUGGGAAGCACCUGAACCGGGUGGACCCCAAAUUCAAGUGUCUGAUUCCCAGCAGUUAAGACCAGGUGAGCAACUUCAGGGAGAAGGUCUGAUUCCUAGACAGACAGCUGUUCCUGCAGGGCUGGGUCGGGCUUGGGGCAGGCGGGCAGGAGAGAUGCGAUGUGAUUAUGCACAUGUGUUCCUCUUUCCCUCCCUCCUGCGUGGCUGGUCAUCGCGCUGCCCCAUGGUCCCUCAGAUAGGUUUGACACAAGCUGGUUGCCAGCCUGAGGGCAUGGUGGGUGUGUGGGCUAAGAAGGGGAGAUGGAGGGUCAGCAGAUGUGAGGCUUAUGGGAGGUGCUGAAGUUUUGCUCAUCUGAACAGGGAAUCUUAGUUUGUCCUUUUGGCAAAAGAUCUUUGAGGCAAAGGCUGGGUUCCAGCUGUGCCCAGUGGAGAGUCAGCUCAGGUGGCCGAAUUCCCAGUCCCUGCUGUUACGCACUGUCUGACUCCAUCUGGGCUGAUGUAAUGAAAUACCAAAGACUAGGUGGCUUAGGAACAGGAAGAAUGUAUUUCUCAUUCUUCUGGAGGCGGAGAAGUCCAAGGUCAAGGCACCGGGAGAACCCGUGUCUGGUGAGAGCGUGCUUCCUGGUACUUAGAUGGUGUAAGGAGCGAUGGUGCUUUGGUGUGGGGGGGGGUCCUCUCUUAAUAAGGACACUAAUCCCAUUACCGAGGGCUCCACCCUCAUGCCCUAAUAACUUCCCCAAGCCCCCACUCCAAAUACCAUGACUCUGAGGGUCAGAUUUCAACCUAUGACUUUUGGGGGAACACAGUCCGUCUAGAGCAUGCACUCAGAAAGAGUAAAUUCUGGCCAAGGUUAGGAGCCAGCCCUCUCAGUCUAUUAUUUGUUCCUCUGCGUGUUCUGUUUGCAUCCUUAUCACGGGAUCUUUCUGCUAAGCUAGCAGAAAGCCAGAACAUGACGUUGUCGGUGCUCCCAGCUCCUCUCCCACCCAGUGCUGCAUUCUUAUCUGGCCUCUGAGUCAAUGAAUGCUGAGCCUUCUCCAUGCCACGCACACUGCCCCCUCUUCUGCUCUUCCCAUCUCCUUGCUGAGUGUCCUUGGCUCUGUGCUUCCUCUUGGCCCAUCUCACUUCCUGAAACACCACUGAAGAGGGUUGCUUAUCUCGAUGGAGCUUCAGUAGACCUCCAGGCGCAGGGGAACUAACAGCGGCAGUGCUUUCAGAUUCAGCCCACAUAGAACCGUCCUCCGGCUCCUGGGGCCCCGCACUGAGGCUGGAAGAGGUGGCCCUGUGAUGGGCUCUCUCUAAGGACAGGGAGUCCUACUGGAGAAGAGCAGGAAUGGUCAAGUCGUGAGUUCUGGACUGUGGCUGCUGCACCUGGACCUCUGGCAAGAUGUCUGGCAAGAGCUAGGCUCACUGGUUCACACAGAUACUUUCGGCACCCCUGUUGACUGGGAGGCUCUUCUUGGAAAGCAAGAUGCCGGUCAACAGCACAACCAUGUCAUUGGCCAACAUUACCUACAUCACCGUGGAGAUUCUCAUCGGGCUCUGUGCCAUAGUGGGCAACGUGCUGGUCAUCUGGGUGGUCAAACUGAACCCCAGCCUGCAGACCACCACCUUCUAUUUCAUUGUCUCCCUCGCCCUGGCGGACAUUGCUGUGGGGGUGCUGGUCAUGCCUUUGGCCGUUGUCAUCAGUCUGGGCAUCACAGUUCACUUUUACAGCUGCCUUCUCAUGACCUGCCUGCUGUUGAUCUUCACCCAUGCCUCCAUCAUGUCCUUACUGGCCAUUGCAGUGGACCGAUACCUGCGGGUCAAGCUCACGGUCAGAAUGUUGUCAGGAAGAAUGGUUUAAGGAGAAAUGGUGGCUUUCAUUGGCUGAGUCUUUCUUUCAAGGUCCUAGACACCCUUCAACACAACCUUUGCAACCCCAUGGGCUCUAACUGAAACACCAAGUGUGGUGCAAACAGAGAAGCAGGGGCAGACCCAGAUGGAGGCGGGUGUGGGAGAGGCAGGGUGUAAUUCAUGGACAGAGCACAGCAGUCAAAGCCAACUGCACAGCAGGCAAACGUGCUUCGAGGAGACUAUUCCUCCCCAGGUGGGCAGUCCCAGGAGACUCCCAUAACUUUUACCUCCCAGGAACUGAAGAGUUCUUGGGCUGGAAGUGAAGCUGUGGGUGGGGUAUACAAGCACCUGACUCGAGGCAACUGCUGCUGGUCCACUGUAGAUCGUUAAGCGUUGGCUGGAUUUUUCUCUAAUCGUUGUCUACUCCAUCUUGUCUUCACAUCCAGUAAAGUUUAGCUGCAAUCCCCACAGAAUAGCAACACCCUGCAGCUCCAGCUCCCCUCUUCACCCUUUAGCAAUUCCUGCUGUGAACU